CACGGACUUAUUGUCGGAGUCUUACUCAGUAACGCAGGAGCAACAGGACUAAAUUUUUUUCAGCUGAGUACGUCGCACAAAGUUUCAUCCUUCAAGCAACGGAAUUUGUUCACUUACAACAGAGGGAACGUUGCUCAUCUUCAGCUCUUUGUGGUGAACUGAGAGACAAAGAAGGAGAAUAAAAAACCAACGAAAAGAAACGAUUUUUGAUUGUCAUUUGUUUAAUAGCGACUGUAAGUAAACAUCAUUCCAUUGAGUAUGAAUGCAUCAUUUCUUUGUGUAUUUGACGGUUGAGAUACUGAACAAUUAUGGAUGUAAAGGCAGAAGUGGUAGUGGAGGCCAAGUUUAUCCCCAAAGUGUAUUCACAGAGUCAUCAGAAGUGCUAUAAUGUCGUGGACAAGUGUUGCAUGAAAAUCAUUCAGAAAUUCAAUACUGGCAACAGCUGGAGUAAAAUUUUAGAAAGAGAACUGUGUGUUACAAAGAUUAAAUAUCCAUUCUUGAGUGAGAAGCAGAUUAAGGGAAAGUCUCUUCAGAAACUGGGGAUACCGAAUCUAAUGGGAGAUAUUGUGAGAUCUGGUAUUCACAAGGUAACAGACGAUCUUGCAAGAGAAUUGGAUUUCUUGAAAGUGAGGAAAAAAAACAAAGUUCCACCUUCUUUCAAGUUUCUUUUAAAGCCGCUGGCUGAAAAAAUCAAAAAAGAAAUGAAGUCCGUAAAAAUCGCAAUCUCCUUUCCUGAAAAUUCUCCAAAAAGACAAAAAUCUCCUGAACCCCUCAACGAUGAGAACAGUGACCUGAAUGCCCAGGCCCUAAAGACAGAAACUCCAAAAUGUUUCUCCAGAAAACUUCUCGAAUUUACUCCCAGUUUGUUUCGCAAAAGAGCACAUCACUGGAAUAAAUCUCCCAGUGACAAUGAACUGGUAACACCAGGGAAAGUCCCCAAGAUGUCUCGAGAGCAGGUAGAGGAGAACAGCGCAGAGUACAAGGGUUACUUCAGUCCCUGCUCUGCAGACAUCAAUUCAAUCGACAAUGGUGACGACACAACCGGGAAAAUUGAUAAAUUCCCAGAAGAAUCGAAGAUCGAGUCUGAGAACAUAAUUUUCUCCCAGCUUUCAGAGACAAGUAGAGAACAUUUUUUGGGUCACAUUAUGGAUACAACACCGAGGGAAAGUGUUACACGUGAAGCUGGCGACAGUUAUCAGAUUUGUUCCUCAACUCUUCGCAAUCUUUCGGGGAAGAGUUCACAAAAACCAGAAUUGUGCAGUCCAACACUUUUGUCCCAGACAAAAACCAGAAUUUUAAAUCAGAAGAAAGUUUCAGGGAAGUGUAGUUCACAGAACUUUUAUCAAAACGUCCCGCAAAAUCAAGUGUUAAAAUUUGAAAGGAAUCUGGAGAAUAAGUGGAGGAAUAAUUAUAAUGUCAUCAAUCAGCAGCUCUGUUCAGCACCUGACCAAAUCCAGACUUCAGACUACAUCGUACCAAGUUCAGAAUUUUCGAGGCACGUUGAUCCUCCAAUAGUGGAUCAGAAAACUGUCUCUCGUAAGAACUUUCUCAUCAAUCACUUGGAAGAGGAAAAUCGAAGUGUUACUUUCUCUCAGCACCUUCCAGCCACUUGGGGAAAUGCUGCCCAGAGAAAUGAGAUGUCUCCUGACUUCUCUACAGCCAGUGGACGUCCUUGCACGGGACAUUCUUCCACUGGAAUUCAAGAAUUUACCCAUUUGCUAAACAAGUGCCUUCUUACGCAAAAUGUGUAUCAAGGAUUCCAAAUUUUAAACAAUUCUAUCAACGUACCGUUGAUCAAUGACAUCGCGUCAAAUUUUGGGUUGAAAUUAACCCAGAGUUCAGUUUGCACUUCAAUUAUAUCACAAGGGCAAUCAGAGACUGACGAUAUCAGCCCAACUAUUCCAAUAAUCUCUCCAAAUGAAGAACAAAAACAUUCAGACUCUCAAGUAAUGUUGAUCAUCACUGAUGAAGAAGAGGAGGUAUCAUCUCAACAAAUAAUUUCUCCAGGAGUCACGGAAGUAUUCCUAUCCCAAGAAGACAUUCCCAGCGAUCAAAGUCGCCAAUUUAACGCAGGAGACGGUCUACUUUCACCUUCACCAGUGACGUACCAGCUCGUCGAUGAUGAGAAUAAAUGUUCACCCGAAAGGAAUUUUUUCAGUUUUCAAAGGACCAUUUCAGGUUCAGGAAACAUCUUGACACCUAGAACACUGAGGUUUUCCGACGGGAUGGAGCUUUCUAAAGACCUCAGAACGAUCUCCGUAGACAGCCAUGACGACGUCUCUCAAGAAAAUGUUUCAAAUGGAGAUCAGCAAGAAAUGCCACCUCCAAAGAAAAUCCUACCCACUGGAGACCCUAAUCUUGAUGAUGAAUCUCCGAAAGUUUCUCAACCAGUCCCUAUGAUUGUAAACCAAUCUGUUCCUGAAGAUGAUCUUCAUUCUAUCCGAGAACAUCAGUCAGUGGCCUCCUCGCAAAAAUCUGCUCAGUUAACUCCGUCAUCUUCAUUACCAAGAGACAAUUCCAAUCCGUGGUUGAACGUUACAAGUCAAGAUUUUAGUGAAGAAGGUGUUCUAGACAAUGGAAGCGUUGUCUCCCAGGAUUCAGGUCAAGCAUCAAUAGAUCCACUUGCUUCCCAGCGGUCCUUCGUGUCGAGUUCUCCAGAAGAAGAUAAUGAUCGUGAUGAGGAUGAUGAGAGUGUCAACAGUCACCUGUUAUCGAUAAAGGAAAUUUUGAGACUGGACAUGUCAACGAUUAAGAAAUGUAUUGAGAAAAUCAUUCGUCGGUUGGAGAGUGAGAUUUAACGAUUGUCGUCUUGUUGGUCCUUUUCUUCUCUUCAAGUCUGAUGUUAAAAUUAAUCGAGCUGUAUUUUGUAAUUAUUUGUUUAAUAUAAUAAAUCGGUUGCUGAUCAUCGUUUGGCUGUGUUGCACGAUGACAACUGAGUAGAUGGCAUUUUCACUCUUGAAUAGCUGAGAUUUCUGAAACGAUUUGGUUGAAAUUCAUUGCGUUGUGUUGCAGAGUUGAUGUGAAAUUGGAAAUUCGGAAACUUUCUGGAGAAAUCUGGAAUAUUCCGUUCUGGGUAUUCUAGAAUACGAAAAAGGUAGCCUGACAGACCCAUAAACCGGACGGUACCCCCUUUUCGGGCGGAGGGCGCUCUCACGAUAGUUUUUAUUAUUAAUGACAUUUAAUUAAUGUCAGCAAUUUGUAGCUUGAGAACAAUAAAAUUCAUUGACGCAAUGUAAGCAUUAAAAAGUAAGUAAUAAAUAGAAAAUUGAUUUUUGUGGAUUUCCAGGUGUUAAAUAACGAUUCUGGAUGAAAUGUGUAAUGAACUGUUAUGUUUAACAUAUUAUUUAAUUAUUAUUUAAUCAUUGGCAAAGGUUCAUCGUCGAGGAUUGUUUUUAGAUGUUCACCAAGAUUAUUCAAAAAUCCACAAAACUUGAUUUUUAUUAUUUGUUUGUGAGAAGGAAAUGUUUAAAAAAUAAGAAUGCUUUCCGAAAUUUAAUUUAUAAUUAAUACUAAUUAUAUACGAAGUUUUUUGAAUUUUAUCUAUUUAAUGAGUUGGAAAAUUUGGCAACUGAAAGUAAUCACAUCACUGUAUCCAGUCGCGCAAAAUAUCGAUCUGAAGGUGGAACUAGUUGCAGGAAAAUAUUCAGGCUUGACAGGAAAUGAUUUAUAACAAAUUAAAUAUUAAAUAUUCGAAAUUGCAUUGUUGAAGAGGAAUAGGACGAAAUUUAAUUUGCUAUCAUUUUGCCCACAAUUUUUCGUGAAUUGAAAACUGAAAAAUUAAAAAGAAAGAGGAAUUUUCUUGGAAAAUAUAUGAAUGGCUAUAAAUAUUUCAAUUGCUCUAAAUAGUGGCUGAAACAAGUCGCUAGGCUGAGAAAAGUAUUUUGAAAAAAUGAAAAUGAGUUCGUCAACUAAUUUAUGAGAUAUUUCAAGAAAUAUAUUUACAUAGAAAUAAAAGUAUCUAAAUUUACAAAGUUAAAAGUAUAUAAAAUUUUGAACCUCUUUCUACUCCUUUCAUUUAGUUCAGCAAUAGUUUUCAUGAAAAGGUGGAAAACUGGCAAGAUAUUUUAAUUUUGUCUGAUUGGAGAUGUAUGUAUUGAAAGAUGCAGAUAAAAGUUGACACCUACAUUUUGAAAAAUAAAUUUCAAACAAGGAUGUUUACAAACAAUUCAAUAUCUCGAAAAUCAUUCAUUCCCUUUGAUUAAAUCAAAUCAAAUUCACAAAUUAAAUGGAUAGAAAUCUCCUCCGUAAAAAAUUUCCACGACUGCAAUGACCUGUAAACCGUCUGGUAAUGGACUGGUUACAGUAUUUUCAACACAAAUUGAUUUAAAAAAUGAUAGAAACAUGAUUACCAUUUUUGUCAGUCUUAUGGUACUCAGUACAUCUCCAAAUUAUAGUCUUUCUAUUUAAUUCUAAGGGGUCCACAACAUUAUCCAACAUCAGUUAUUCGCCACCUUUAGCAGAUUUAAUGAAUUUCAAUGGCAAAUGAUGAAUUUAUGGUUCCCCUGCCAGACAUGAACUGAAGAUAGCAGACGAUAUGCUCAAAGAAAUUCAAAUAGAAAACCGAGAAUUACUAAAAUGAGAUGUAAACACUAGAGUACAUCAAUAAUCAAUCAUGUUGUUCCUAUUUCAC